UCUGAGCUCAGUUGACGACGGUUGCCAAUUUUGGCGAAACUUCAGCUGCUAUAAAUUGGGAGGGGCACUUUGGUAUCGCCACAGUUCGAUCGAUUUCAUUGUUUAGUGAACAACUGCCUAUUUCCUUUGACAAUGGCUUUCAAGUUUGUGACCUUCCUCGCCCUGGUGGCCGUUGCCCAAGCAGGAGUCAUCUCCAGCCCGGCUCUGUCGUACGCCGCUGCCCCUGCUCUGUCCUACGCCGCUCCAGUGGCCAAGACCGUGUCCUAUGCUGCCCCCGCCCAGUAUGCCUAUGCUGCCCCAGUGGCCAAGACCAUUGUUGCUGCCCCGGCCCUGACCAAGACCGUUGUCGCCGAUGAGUACGACCCGAACCCUCAGUACUCUUUCUCGUACGGAAUCUCCGACAAACUGACCGGAGACCAGAAGGAACAGCACGAGACCCGCAACGGAGAUGUCGUCGAGGGAUCUUACUCGCUGGUUGAAGCUGACGGAACUCGUCGCAUCGUCGAUUACACCGCUGACCCACACAACGGAUUCAACGCCGUCGUCCGCAAGGAAGCUCUGGCUGCCCCAGUCAUCGCCGCCAAGACCGUGAUCGCUCAGCCCGCCAUUGCCAAGGCCGUCUAUGCCCAGCCCGCCUACACUUCCUACGCCGCCCCAGCUGUGACCAAGACCAUCGUCCAGCAGCCAGCUUAUGCCACCUAUGCCGCCCCAGUGGCCAAGGCCGUCUAUGCUCAGCCAACUUACACCUCGUACGCCGCCCCUCUGGCCACCAAGACCAUCGUGUCCCAGCCGGCUUAUGCUUCUUACGCCGCCCCAGCUCUGUACCACUAAGCAAUGGACUGAUCAACUGUUA